GGGGAAACCAUGUAUUCCAUCGAACUCCUCCCAAAUUCCUCAACGCACGCAACCCCGGGAUGGACCUACGUCCCAGACCGACGCGACAGGGGCUUCGACCCAGCCAAGGCAGCCAUCACGCCCGCCGUAGGUAGGAAGCGAGGAAUUCGCGACCCAGGACGCGCCGACCUCUCCUCGCGACAGAACAACGCCAUCGUGCGCCAUCUGGCAGAGCUGGAUCGGGAAAAUCACAAGGACGUCAGCAUUCCCAUUCCGGUGAAGCAGCAGAAGGAUGCCAGCGGCCGAGGAACGAGAGGCAAAGUAACAUCCAACGUGCGCCGGAUCCUCCAAUCGCAAAAAACCUUUCGAAAUCACCUUGACGACGAAGAAGCCGCUCAGGCCCAGGCCGCGCAAACCGCCACCCAGCGUCCCGCUCCGGCGCAACUAUCCCGACUCACAAAACCCUCUUCUUCCAGACGGAGCUCCACGCCUGCGACGGCUUCAAAGCCUGAACCGGCCUCCUUCCGCCAAAAGAAACACACCACCCCAGCAACACCCAGCACAGUCCCAACAACCACCACAACAGCCCCCACAGAUGGCAGCGGGAGCGGCGGGGAAGGCGAAAGCAACAAACCAGACUCCGACCCCAGCCCCAACCCCGCAAAACUUAUAACAUCCGAACACGACAACGACCCCCUCCUCCGCUCAUACAUCCCCUCCGCGCCCUCCGACCGCAUCAUGCAAGCCCUCCUCGCCGAACCACCUCUAUCCUACCACGCCGCGCGCGCCGGCCCACCCCUGACGAAUAAAUCGCCGCGCCGCUUCUGCUGCAUGUGCGGGUACUGGGGCAAGAUCAGGUGCAAGAACUGUCAUCAGCGGACUUGUGGGCUUGAUUGUUAUAAGGUUCAUGAGGAUUCGAGGUGUGGGGCGUUCUUCUAGUGGCUUAUGCUGCGCUUGUGAUGUCGAAGUACUUCGCUGGAAUUGGGCGAGUUUCUUCGACACCAUCGAUUGUGUCUUUAUGGGUGUAUACAUAUAUGUGUAGACGUAUACGGGGAAGCCUACACGCCCGCUAUUCUUCGUCGAUGCGUCACGACACGGAUAUCGUCUCAUCGCAUAAGUAGCGGACGGCUACGCCAGCGCCUCACCAGCAGCGCAUAUGCUGUAUGUUGCUGGAACCGAAGUUACAGCGCGCGGGGGACAUCAUUUUCGCUGAGAGAUACUGGUUCUCUCGCAUUCAGCAGGCGGAGGGCUGGGUCGACCUGGCUCCAAACACCCGCUUUUGUUGGGUUUAUCGGAACCGGUCAGGUUGAUGGGAUCCCUGCGGUUAUAUAUCUGCGCCAGUAUCUGGAAGUGCCCGGGGAGGGCUUUCUGUUUAUCCAGACCGUGAUUAAACUAAUAUGUACGAGUCCGCUCGAGUUCGCUCUACAGGGACGAACAGAAUAGCAGAUACCAUUAUAACGAUACCAAUGAAUACUAU